AUGUCGUUCACUGACAUCAUGAAUGGAGAGAGUUUCAAGGAAUACAAGGCAAUUGUGAAGCCACUGGAACGGCAGCCCUCCAACGCCAUCCUGAAGACCUGUGCCAAAGCUGGCUGUGUCUGGAUCGUGUCUAUGAUAAUUGCUCUGCCAGAGGCUAUAUUUUCAAAUGUAUAUACUCUUCAAGAUCCCAACAAAAAUAUGACACUUGAAGCGUGUACCUCUUAUCCUGUUUCUGAGAAGCUCAUGCAAGAGAUACAUUCUCUGCUGUGCUUCUUGGUGUUCUAUAUUAUCCCACUCUCGAUUAUCUCUGUCUAUUAUUCUCUGAUUGCUAGGACUCUUUACAAAAGCACCUUGAACAUCCCUACUGAGGAACAAAGCCAUGCCCGCAAGCAGAUCGAAUCCCGGAAGAGGAUUGCCAAAACCGUGCUGGUGCUGGUGGCUCUGUUUGCUCUCUGCUGGUUGCCGAAUCACCUCUUGUACCUCUACCACUCAUUCACCUAUCAAACCUACGUGGACCCCUCUGCCAUUCAUUUUAUUGUCACCAUUUUCUCUCGGGUUCUGGCUUUCAGCAAUUCUUGUGUAAACCCCUUUGCUCUUUACUGGCUGAGCAAAACCUUCCAGCAGCAUUUUAAAGCUCAGUUAUUCUGUUGCAAGGCAGAGCUGCCUGAUCCUCCUCCCGCCGAUACCCCCCUUAACAACCUGGCCGUGAUGGGAAGGGUCCCAGGCGCUGGAAGCUCGCAGGUGUCUGAAAUCAGUGUGACCUUGUUCACUGGGUGCAAUGCGAAGAAGGAAGAUGACAGAGUCUAGCUUUUCAAUUAAAAAUCGUAUUUUUCCUCCCAGCAUGUGUAUCCGACUCUGAGCUGUGCGUGGGUGUAUGGUGUCAGGAUUUUUGUUGUUUGUGAAUUGUGCUGAAAUCUUAGAGGAGUGAAAGAUCCUUAUAAAGUAAAAGACAAACCAUGAUUUUUUGUCAACG